AUGGAGGACUCUGAAUGGCCCAUCCAGCCAUCUUCACCUCUGUUUGAUGCACCUGCCGAGCCGCCCAUAGAUCCGGCCCUCCUUGCAAUGUCCAAUCAUUUGCCUGAGCCGCUUGUUCCUCAACCUGGAUUAGCAGGAGGGAUUAGUGUGGACUCUCACCCUCCACCAAUGCAUACACCUCCUCUGCAUGUUGUGCCAGACCCCACGGCAACAGUUUUGAGUGGCCUGGCUGACUCUGUACCUACCACAUCUAUCUCAAGUGCAAGCAUGGACCAUUCGGAUCACAUGACACAUCCUGAGACCAAUCACCCUGCCAUAGUUGAGAAUUGCCCGGCGCAAUCUAACGGGAUCACAAAACAAGACAGCUGCGGUCACAGGCACUUCACAGAGGAGGAAGACAAGAGCAGGGGCUCAGUAGGCAGUGGCACAAAGAUCUACGAGGCUGGCGACAGCGGGGAGGAAUAUGAAUGGGAAGUAAAAGGUGGAGUACAGUAG